AGCCGACGACGUUCCCUUCAAUAGAUCUUGGUCUUCGGAAAAAUGGACGAGCCUCCUGGUAACUGACUGCAGGGACAGAGACACUUUUCUGAGCAAAAGUUGUUUGUUGACAUAUGGGCUAUGAGGAGAUCUCCGCCCCCUCUAGUGCCUGAGAGCCAAGGCGCGCGCUAGAUUUGAUUAUUCGGCUUCAAUCAGUCAGAAUAGCUAAGUACGGGUGCGUGUCCUCCUGCUUGCUGUGCCACCUGACGGUCUGGGAGGGUGGUGAUAGAGACUAGUACAAAGCACGGGAAGAUGGAUGAAGCAGCUGGGGAUUUAAAACAAGCUCUGCCUAUUUUAGCUGAUGCUCUUCUUCCAGUGCAUGUGCAAGUUCAUCAAAAAUCAAAUAGCACUGCAAAAACCGAAGAUGUAAGGGUUCGUGUUAUACAGUUAUUAAAUAGACACAGUGUUGUAUUUGGCGAUUAUACCUGGACAGAAUUUGAUGACCUCUUUUUAGUGAAAAAUGUGAAUUCCGUGGCUAUUGUAGAUACUGAGUUAAAGGUGAAAGACAGACAGCCUAUUGAUCUCAGCAAGUGCAAUGUAUUUGUACAUAUUUUUCAAUUAAAUGAGGAAGGACCAAGUGCAGAGAAUUUGGAAGAAGGGAAUGAGGAGAUUGUAGCAGCUAACCACUGGCUUCUGCCUGCCAUGGAUUUUCAUGGCCUGUGGGAGAGUUUGAUAUAUGACAGUGAAGUAAAAUCAAAUCUUUUAGAUUAUGUCACAACAACACUUCUCUUUUCUGACAAAAACGUUGAUAACAAUUUGAUUGCCUGGAACAGAGUGGUCCUCUUGCAUGGACCACCUGGAACAGGGAAAACUUCUCUGUGCAAAGCACUGGCUCAAAAGCUGAGCAUCAGACUGUCCUAUAGGUACAGAUAUGGUCAGCUGGUAGAAAUCAACAGCCACAGUCUUUUCUCAAAGUGGUUUUCAGAGAGUGGCAAGUUGGUGACGAAGAUGUUUCAGAAGAUUCAUGAACUGACAGCUGACAAAGAUGUUUUAGUAUUUGUGUUGAUUGAUGAGGUUGAAAGCCUCACGGCAGCACGGAGUGCAUCUAGAGCUGGUACUGAACCUUCUGAUGCUAUUCGUGUAGUGAACGCUGUUCUGACACAGAUAGAUCAGAUCAAGAGGUACCCAAAUGUAGUUAUCUUGACAACGUCAAACAUUACUGAGAAAAUCGAUGUGGCUUUUGUUGACAGAGCAGAUAUAAAACAAUAUAUUGGCCCACCAUCUCCUGCUGCCAUUUUCAACAUUUUUAUUUCUUGCAUAGAAGAACUCAUGAAGUGUCAGAUAAUCUAUCCUAGACAGCAGCUGCUGACUUUGAGAGACCUGGAAAUGAUUGGUUAUGUGGAAAACAAUGUAUCCAAACUUAGUUUAAUGCUAAAUGAUAUUUCCAAGAAAAGCGAAGGUCUUAGUGGUAGAGUACUUCGGAAGCUUCCCUUUCUAGCACAUGCACUUUUUGUACAAUCUCCUGCAGUUACUAUUGAAAAAUUCCUCCAAGCACUUUCACUGGCAGUGGACAAACAGUUUGAAGAAAGAAAAACACUGCAGUUCCUUUAAAGCCGUUGGAAUGUUCUUCUGGAGGAGAUUCAAAACUUUGUUCUUUCAGUGUUUUUUAUUGUGUAAAAAAAAAAAAAAAAGUACUGUUUCAAUAGUGUAUUAUGAUUUUAUUAUUUUCAAUAUAUUCUUGUUUAUAUA